AUGUCGUACGAAAUGUCCCAUCUGGGCCCGAGGGCCUUCAACCACGACCAGAGUGGUGACGCUGAGAAGGAGUACGAUCGGCUGCGCGACCUGGCGCGCCAGGAGGCCUCGAAGCGGGGACAAUGUUUCAGCAGGUCGAAAGAAGCUUAUGCCAAUGGUGAUGGCGCGGCCGCAAAGCAGCUCUCCGAGGAGGGCAAGGCGCAUGGUCGCAAGAUGGAGGAGUAUAACAAGCAGGCGUCCGAGUUCAUUUUCCGCGAAAACAACGCCAGCGGACGCGUCGCGGAAGACACAAUUGACCUGCACGGGCAAUUUGUGGAGGAGGCCGAGGAAAUUCUGGAGGAGCGCAUCCGCUACGCCAAGUCUCACGGCCAGAACCACUUGCAUGUCAUCGUCGGCAAGGGUAAUCACUCUGCAGGCCAUGUCCAGAAGAUCAAGCCGCGCGUUGAGCAGAUUUGUCGCGAACUGGGUCUCCAAUACGCCACCGAGGAAAACGCCGGUCGUAUCUACGUCAACCUGACCGGUGGCGAGGCCGUGAUGCCCCCAUAUCAACCGCACCAGCAGACCCAACAUGGCUCCCACCAGCAAUACCCCGGUCACCAGCAGCAAUACCCAUCUCACCAGCAGCAAUACCCAUCUCACCAGCAGCAAUACCCAUCUCACCAGCAGCAGACACACCAUCAACAACAACCGCAGCAGCAGGACGAGCUCGAGCAGGUUGUCAAUCGGCUGUUGCCCAAGGUUAUGCGCAAGCUCGAGAAGGCGUGCUGUGUGGUUAUGUAA